AUGAAAAAGUGGGAUGGUAUAUAUGAUGGCCAGCACGAUGACCGUGAUAUUCCCCUCCCCCGCCGUGGAAUGUCUGUUCUGAAAGCCCAUCCUGAGGACAACGUAUUCCGCAUCUAUUCACUCAGAGUAGCCUUUGCUUUGAUUGUCGAUCCUCAUACUAUUCACGGACCUCCCCGCGAUUCUCGCAGCUCUUCCUCAGUCCUUCUGAAAAUGAACAGUUCUCUUUCGUACAGGCACAGACGCACAUACGCGGGCCCGACUCUCGCUCUUGCAUAUACUCGCGCGCCUCCCUCGACACACGCGAGCAAAUCUUCAGAUGAACGCGCUCUGAACAACUAUAUCGAGCUCUGCAUCUGGGACCUUCACCAUAUCGAACGUGCAUCUCCCCUGCCCUCCAUAUCGAAGUGCUCGCUUGGAUCUAUAUCUCGCCAUCUGGUCUGGAAUCUGCAUCUCGCGAUGGAUAAUAUCUUGAACAUUUCAACCGGGGAAGGGCCAAUGAGGAGGGUAGAGGUCUCGUCACGGAGAGAGAGCACAUGGGCACCACUCGAAACUGACAUUCCUGGGCACCUUCUAUCCAACUUCCAUCUAUUCACCUCUUCGCUGGGAGACGGGGACAUCCGCACGCAACACCAACUUCCUCGGGUCCAGCCCAACUCCUUCGAGGGACAUCCGACCUCAAUAUAUGCCUCGGCUGUCGUUUCGCAGCUGAAGACCGCGUAA